AUGGUGGCAGCAGGGCCGCUGUGGGCGGGCUUCUCCAUGCCGCUGCUGCUGGGGUCCCUCCUGCCCAGCGCGGGCCGUGAUGGGACUACAGGGCUUCCCCGCUACCAGGUGACGGUGCCUCGGCGGCUGGCGCCUCCUGCGGGCCGGGAGGCCGAGGGGCAGGUGUCCUACCAGCUGCAGAUGGGUGGGAGGCUUCUGGUUGCUCACUUGCAGCAGAAGGGCCUGUUCCUGGCCGGCCAUCUCCCUGUGUUUACCUACGAGCGGGGUGAGCUGGUGACGAGCCAGCCCUUCAUCCCAAGCCACUGCUACUAUGAGGGCUACGUGGAGGGUGCCCCAGAGUCACUGGUGGUGCUCAGCACCUGCUCUGGGGGGCUGCGGGGACUGCUGCGCCUCGAGGGGACGAGCUACGGGAUCGAGCCCAUCAAGGCCUCCCCCACCUGCCAGCACCUCCUCUAUCGGCUGGGGGAAGUGGAGGGUACGCCUGCCUCAUGUGGGGUGACCACUGAGGAGCUGCAACACCAAGGAACCAAGAUCCAGGAUGCGGGGCCCACUGUGGCAGCCAGACAUCACAGAUGGACACAUGCCACAUAUAUUGAGUUCUGUGUGGUGGUGGAGAAAGAGCAGUUCAUCCUUUAUAGAAGGAACGAAAGCCUCCUGACCAACCAGGUCCUCGAAGUGAUCAAUAUGGUGGACUCCUUUUAUCGUGCUCUGGGGGCUCAUGUCAUCCUGGUUGGACUAGAGAUCUGGACAGAAAACAACCUCAUCACAUUACCCGAUACUAUAGGCAAUGCUCUUACUGAAUUUAACCGUUGGAGGAAUGACGUGCUCUAUCGUCGCCUGCAGCAUGAUGCUGGACAGCUAUUUAUGGCUAAAAUAUACAGAGGGCGUGCUGGGAGGGCAUAUGUAGGAGGCAUCUGCCUUGUGACCGAUGCAGCAUCCAUUGUCACGUGGCGUUUUGCUUCUGUGCCAUUUUUUUCAGUCACUGUUGCACAUGAGUUGGGUCAUAAUCUUGGCAUGUAUCAUGAUUAUGAUAAAUGUCAUUGUAACAGAACUGUUGGCUGCAUCAUGGCUGCUGUGCAUGUAACUACCGAUCAGUUCAGUGACUGCAGUCGUGAAGUAUAUUUUAAUCUCCUCCGUGAUGGCGCUGGAUUCUGCCUAUAUAACAUCCCAGCGCCCAGCAAAAUAUUUAGGAGGAAGCACUGUGGUAACAAGGUUGUGGAAGGGGAAGAGGAAUGUGAUUGUGGCUCAGAACUGGAAUGCAAAAAAGACUUGUGUUGUCAGUCCACGUGCAAACUGAAACCAGGUAUGGUUUGUGCUUUUGGAAAGUGCUGUAAAAAGUGUCAAAUACUUGCUGAAGGAAAACUAUGCAGAGCAGCUGUUGAUGAGUGUGACCUUCCUGAGUAUUGCAAUGGGACUUCAAAGUGGUGCCAAGAUGAUGUGUAUGUACAAGAUGGAACUCCAUGCAGUGACAUGGGCUACUGUUAUCGGGGAAGCUGCCAUAACCACAAUAAACAGUGUGCAGAUAUCUUUGGAAUAGGGGCACAAAAAGCCCCUCUAAGUUGCUUCAGUAACCUGAACACGCGAGGUGACCGGUUUGGCAAUUGUGGUGGUGGUGGUGAAACUGGAGCAAAUUACAAAAAAUGUAAAAUCAGUGAUGUCUUGUGUGGAAGGAUUCAGUGUAAAAAUGUAAAAAAAAUACCUCCUUUGAAGGAACAUAGUACUGUUGUACAAACGCCCAUGGGUCAUAUCUGGUGUUGGGGUACAGACCAUCAUGCUGGGACUGAUGUAAUUGAUACUGGGGCAGUGAAAGAUGGCACAAUUUGUGGUAAUGGGAAAAUUUGCCUUAGUAGGACAUGUGCAAGUGUGUUGCGUUUGAAUUUAGAUUGUGACGCUAAGAAAAAAUGCAACAGUAGGGGAGUAUGCACCAAUACUAAAAAUUGCCACUGUAACUAUGGGUGGGCCCCUCCAGACUGUAAAUUCCGAGGAUAUGGAGGAAGCAUUGACAGUGGACCUGUUCCAGUGUCUAAGCCUAUGGUAAGUAUAUGGAGCAGCAGUUUGGGUAAUGUUAUCUGGAUAAUAAUUGGCAUCAGUUUUGUUCCUGCCAUUGUUGCAAUACUUAGAAAAACUGUAUGGAUGAAAGCGUUUAGAAGGCUAAAUGUCACACAGAGAAAACAAACUGCUGCUGCUUCUGCUGGUGAUAGACAGAGCCACUAUAAGAAUGGCAGCAUUAGUUCAAAAAAGUAA